CUCCUUAUUAACUAAGUCAUAUAUUUUAUUCUACACGUACUUUUGUUACUAGUGUCCCAAAAAAGUGGCAAAAUGUUUGUGUGGCUGUUCCUAGUUGUUUUCGUUCUGUGGACGAUGCCUUUUUGGCGGAAAAGGUAUCGAAUGCGUAAAUUGGCUUCGAUUAUCCCUGGGAGCGAUUCUGAGCUGCCGGUAAUCGGUAUUGCGCAUACACUGGUCGGUGAUACUGAAAAAAUCAUGUACGAAUUACAAAAUUUGAGCUAUUUGUCCAUGCAAAAAGAAGGCACAAUCAGAGGUUGGCUGGGACACAUUCUGUACUUCAUCAUGACCGACCCAGUUGACCUUGAAAUGGUGCUGAAGACCUGCCUGGAAAAGGAUGAUCUCCACAGAUUUAUCAGACAAGUGAUAGGCAAUGGCGGAAUUUUUGCACCAGUUUCCAUCUGGCGACGCCGACGAAAAAUCUUAGUGCCCGCCUUCAGUCCUAAGAUAGUCGAGAACUUUGUGCCGAUAUUUGCUGAGCAGAGUCAGAAACUGGUGAGGCAAUUGGAAACACCUUCUGACAAAGGAAAAUUCAGUAUCUGGCCAUUUGUUAGCACAUAUACCCUGGACUCUGUGUGUCAAACAGCAAUGGGAGUGAAAAUCAACGCUCAGCAGAAUCCAGAUAAUCCAUUCCUGAUUUCAAUGUGUCGAUUCCUGAACUUGGCUUGUCAGAGGAUUUUCCAUUUAUGGCUGCAACCAGACUGGCUGUAUAAGUGGUUCCCGCAGUACAAGAGUCAUCAGGAAUGCAUAUCGAUCAUGCAUAGGUUUACUGACGACGUUAUAGAUAAGAAAAGAGAAGAAAUAGAGCUAGAGAAAGACUCUAAAACGCAAGUGGACCGAGAAUUUGAUUUAGGACUGUACAAGAACCAGACAUUCCUAGACUUAUUGAUCCAGCUCUCUGGCGGUGACAAAGGGUAUACCAACCAGGAGUUAAGAGAAGAGGUACUGACGCUAACUGUAGCUGGAACUGAUACCUCGGCAGUAUGUAUCGGGUACACACUGCAGUUGCUCGCUAAAUAUCCUGAGAUUCAGGACAGAGUUUAUGAAGAGUUAUGUACAGUCUACGAUGAUGAUCGCAUGUUAGUGAAGGAAGAUUUUGCCAAGCUGAAGUAUUUGGACAGAGUGGUCAAGGAGUCCCUGAGGUUGUUCCCUCCCGUGCCUCUUAUUAUUCGGAAGGUCUUACAAGAGAUCACGCUACCAUCUGGUCGCCGACUACCCGCUGGCUCGGGAGUCGUCUGCUCAAUUUGGGGGGUCCACCGAGACCCACAGCACUGGGGCGCAGACGCCGAGGAAUUCGACCCGGAUAGGUUCCUGCCCGAGAGGUUCCACCUUAAACAUCCCUGCAGCUAUAUGCCGUUCAGUAAUGGGCCGAGGAACUGUCUUGGUUACCAGUACGCUCUGAUGUCAAUCAAGACAGCACUCUCAACCGUUCUGCGACACUAUGAAGUAGUGGAAGACAGAGAAGAUGGUCCUAAACCCCACAUCAGAGUCAAACUUGACAUCAUGAUGAAGGCCGUGGACGGCUACCAAGUAGCUCUGCGAAGACGAGACAAAAAACCCGCAUGACAUGGGAUAAUUAGCAGCUAGCAACAUAAAUAUUUAUUAACUAAUUACGUAUUGCGUUAUAGUAUUACAACCAGGUUAAUAUGGAAGUAUAUAUUAAGCAAUUGAAAUAAUCUUAAUGAA